AGAACCUUUUUAAACUACAAAUCCCAACGUGCAGCGCGGCGGGGACCAGCCAAUGGUUUUCUAAGUGGAGUGAAGGACAAGGGUUACGCAUGCGCAUAACGGCUGCGUGUCUCGUGGAGGUCAGAACCGUGAGGAGGCCCCAUAUUAAAGAAAAUGGCAAAGUUGUUUGAAACCAUUGGAAAGCUCGGCCUGGGAUUAGCCGUUGCUGGAGGGGUCAUAAACUCAGCCUUAUAUAAUGUGGACGCAGGUCACCGUGCUGUCAUUUUUGACAGAUUCAGGGGUGUUCAGGAUAUAGUAGUGGAUGAAGGUACACACUUUCUUAUUCCCUGGGUGCAGAAACCAAUAAUAUUCGACUGCCGCUCACGUCCACGUAAUGUCCCUGUAAUAACAGGAAGCAAAGAUCUGCAGAAUGUGAACAUCACCCUGCGUAUCCUUUUCCGGCCAAUCACCAAUCAGCUGCCUCGUAUCUUCACCAGCAUUGGCGAGGACUAUGAUGAGAGAGUUUUACCAUCCAUUACUACUGAGAUCUUGAAGUCAGUGGUGGCCCGGUUUGAUGCCGGAGAGCUGAUUACCCAAAGAGAGCUGGUUUCAAGGCAGGUCAGUGAGGAUCUGACAGAAAGAGCGGCGACAUUUGGACUCAUCUUAGAUGACGUGUCCCUGACUCACUUGACGUUUGGUAAGGAGUUCACAGAAGCUGUGGAAGCCAAACAAGUGGCCCAGCAGGAGGCAGAGAGAGCCCGAUUUAUCGUGGAGAAGGCUGAGCAGCAGAAAAAGGCUGCCGUCAUAUCUGCCGAAGGAGACUCUAAGGCUGCCGAGCUGAUCGCCAUCUCUUUAGCAGAUGUCGGGGAUGGUCUAAUUGAGCUGCGCAAACUGGAGGCUGCCGAAGACAUUGCGUACCAGUUAUCCCGAUCCCGUAAUGUGGUAUACCUACCCUCAGGACAGUCCACGCUACUACAGCUGCCACAGUAGUCCAAGCAGGCAUUGCCCCCAUCCAACUUGUUGUCAUCAGUGUCGCCAGUAUGGACUUUAGUCAUUUCAGUGCUGAAUCUCCAGUUCAGUAGGCAGCAGACUGUGCUGGAGUCAACACUAUAGAUGAGGCAAGUGACCGAAUAAAGGAACUGAGUGUUGUAAUAAUAUGCAAGAUAAUUUACAAGUGAUGCCUUGAUGUUGUGGCAUAUGAUGUUUUGGUUCUCUCUCUUUUCUUACAUCUAAUGCUGGGUCACUUUACUCUGAUAUGGAGUUGACUUAAAGUAUAGCCGAUCUGUGCCUAAUCGUUCAUUCUAAAUCCUUAAGUCCGAUACUUGACUGGCCAUUAUUCCAUGCAAUUCCUCUUGUCUGGGGAAAUGCUUAAUCUUUUGGCUUUCAGAUUUCCAAUGAAUUAGGCUUUUCGUUAAUAAUAAAAAAAUAAAAUCUG